AUGGAAAAUAAUGUGAAAGAAAAUUGUAAAAUUGGUGAUAACGUUAACACUUCUAAAGAGGACCCAGAUCAAUAUAAUUUUGAAAAUGCAAUCAAAGAGACGGGGUUUGGUAAAUAUAAUGUUAUGUUAAUUGUGAUGUGUGGACUAGCAAUUUUGGGUUUUGCUUCUGAGAGUUUUAGCUUAGCAUACAUAAUUCCAGCUGCAUCAUGCGAAUUAGAAUUAACAACAAAUAUGAAGGGAGUAUUAGCUUCAAUUUAUUUAGGCGAAAAUUCGAUAACUAUCUGUGAACAAUUUAAUAAUCACACAAAUGGGAUUAUUAAGAUAGACGAUGGAAUUGAAACAAAUUGUACACCUUCAAUAAGUGCUGUGAUGUUGCAAUAUUCAUUUAUUUUUGGUUCAUUGAGAUUCAUCAAUUAUUUAAUUGUUGGUUUGUUAGUUAAAAGAAUUGGAAGUAAAAAAAUUUUAAUUUUCUGGUUUUUCGUCUGUAUGCUAUCUUGUGGCCUAAUGCAUACAACUCAAAGCAAGUGGAUAACCAUUACUUUGGUAUGUAUAUGUGUAAUGAGUGGUAUCACAGUUGGGGUAAUAAAUUCGUUUACACCUGAUAUGUAUCCAACAAAGUACAGAGCAACGGCAAUAUCAAUAACAUAUAUGUUUGGCAGAAUAGGUGGCGUGCUUGGAAGUGUUGUAAUGGGAAAUUUGCUUGAAUCACAGUGUAGCCUUUCGUUUUAUUUUUCAGCAGGAGUCUUACUUGUUUGUGGAGUGCUGGCGUUUCAAUUACCAUCGAACAAGAAAUAAUGAAAUUAAUACCACUAUAUGUUGU